CAGAGUCAACUGACUUUCCCAUUUGUGAAUUGAAUCAAAGUCCAGGAUAUGGACACUCUGGUCAUGACUUUUGACUCAGAUGACUCGCACUCGGACAGAUGUCUCAUAGCCGAUACACUGAACAAGCCGCAGCUAUAUAGCUGGAUGAUACGGGUUGAAGUGAGCGACCGGCCGCGUCUGCUGCUGACUCACGACGCGAGAUGAGUCUGCAUCGCAAGUGUCCACCCUUCAGCGAAUACGCUC